CAAGCAAUUUUCAUGUUACUGUCAGCUUUUGAAAUAUCUUUCGGUGCUUCAAAUAGAUAGAAACUACGAGUUAAGAUUAAGAAAAAUAAGGAAACCGCGAAAGACAGGUCAACUUCAACAUUCACAAGUCAGCCCCUGAACAUUCUUAAAGCAAUUCCUGCACACUGGAAUAGCUUUUCGUAGAAUGUUCAGCGUGCCGCAAUGUUUCAUCAUGCUAUUCUCUGUUUCUGUCGCCAUGCUGAGGAAAAAAAAUGCAAUCAUGGAGAAAGCUUCUCUGUUUCCUCCAGUCACUGUGACAGGGCGCUUUACCGUUGCCGCCACGAUCGAUAUCCGGAGGUAUACAGUGUGGUUCCAACUGUCGGACAGGAGGGAGGGAAGCAGAAGGGAAGAGUUGCAUCUCUGGGUUCUAUUGUGGAUCAAGUUGGUCAUGUGUAUUCUCAAAACGAGAAAUACAAGCCAAAGUUUGCCACAUCCAUAGUGCCAAGGUUAAGCAAAAUGCAAAUGUUGUGGAUGUUGCGUGGUGUGCUGGCGUGCGUGCGAGUGUUGGGAGGCUUUCCCUACACGUGGGACUCUGCAAGCGGGUUCUUUAUUCGAAGAAAACCGUUACUCGUCUGGACAAUGGCCAUCAGCCUCCUUAUUUUCCUCCUCGCGUCAAUGUCAGUGAUCAUGUUUGACUUGAAGGGAGGAAAGGACAUGCCGGUGAUCAAGACGACAACACUGGUGGUGAUGAGCAAAUCAUGGAAUAUAACUAUCGUGUGUUUGACGCUGAACGCCGUCAUAGCCCAGCGCACCCUGGCAAAAGUUGUUCAAGGCAUGUUCGAGCUUCCUGGUUCAAAGAAGCACCGCUUUAAGAAGCUAAACACCAUAUUUGUCAUGGCAUCAGUAAUAAUGGUUUUCGCAUAUGGCAUCCAUGAUAACCCUAGGACCACUGGCAUCAUUCCCUACAUCGAUACCAUUACUCAGGUGAUAUGCUUCGCGGGUAUCCUGCCUUGUGACACCAACCUCUUUCUGUUUCCUUUGCUCUUUUACGUCAUGUGUUCAUACAUCUCCACUGCCCUUGAAGAUGGCUUCCAGUUCUGCUGCGUAGUCAUGAGGGAAAGAAAGAAAGCUGGCUCAAAACAUGACAUUGUAUUAAACCCAAAGGACAAGACAAGUACAGCACCGCUUGCCAACCUCAGUGCCAGAUUUGAAGUUUUACUGUCUAACGCUACUGACUUAGUUUAUCACAUAAAUGACAUCCUGGAGGGAACAGUGAAGUACUUUAGCGUCCCAGUAGCGAUAACUUUGCUAAAUGAAACUCUCUGCUUGACUAGCAUGAGCUUCCUCACUAUAAACGAUAGCGUCUCCUUCCACGCGACCAUCUUAACUAUCCUUUUCUUCAUAGGCAGCUUCACGCGGACAGCUCUUAUCUUGGCUGGACCGGAGCGUCUAUUAGCAGAGAGACUCAAGCUAAUAAGACUCCUACGACGGCUGAAGAUGUGUACGUCCAGUGCGAUCGAAAAGCAGGAGAUGGAUGAAGCCAUUACUGCUCUCCAGGACGGACCCGUCUUCAGGAUCUACGGCAUAUUCACCCUCGGGCCACACUGCUUCCUCUCGAUGGCUAGCUUCAUCACCACUUACGUCAUCAUUGCUUACCAGCUGGACACGAGUGAGAAGUCUGUGAUGCGCAACCCAGCAAACCUCAACUACCAGCAAUAGGCAAAGGCGGAGUAAAAAGGUGAAUAUGCAAGGAAGGAAAUGAUGCAAAUAGCAGCUGUUACCACUACCUCAGCAUUCCUUCACGAGAGAAUGAUAAUGCACGAGUUGCAAUGUUUCUUUGAGUUUACCAUAACAACGAAGCCGCGCCCGUUUUCUUUCUAUGGCGUAAGCAGGACUGUAAUAACACACUUAUGCAAUACCCUUGCUACACACACACACACACACACACACACACACACACACACACACACACACCAUCUUAAGCAUAUGACGCCUGAGCUGAAUUUGUCUACUAACAUUGACUCUCUCUCUCUCU